AUGGGGAGUCCUUCGGGGCCCCCAGGCCUCCUCCAAGUCCCACACCUCCUCCUCCUCCUCUGCCUGGUCAGCCUCCUCCCAACGCUGCUCCAAGCGGCCAGGUCGAGUCGGGCAUCCCAAGACCAGCCCCUGUGGACACUUCUGGAGCAGUACUGCCACGCGGUCACGACCCUCGCCAACCUGUCAGGUCCCUACUCCCACUGCAACACGACCUUGGACCAGAUCGGGACGUGCUGGCCCCGGAGCGCGGCCGGAGCCCUCGUGGAGAGGCCGUGCCCCGAGUACUUCAACGGCGUCAAGUACAACACGACCCGGAAUGCCUACCGAGAAUGCUUGGAGAAUGGGACAUGGGCCUCAAGGAUCAACUACUCCCAGUGUGAGCCCAUUUUGGAUGACAAGAGGAAGUACGACCUGCACUACCGCGUUGCCCUCGUUGUCAACUACCUGGGCCACUGCGUUUCCGUGGCAGCCCUGGUGGCCGCCUUUCUGCUUUUCCUGGCCCUGCGGAGCAUCCGCUGUCUGCGAAACGUGAUCCACUGGAACCUUAUCGCCACCUUCAUCCUGCGAAACAUCAUGUGGUUCCUGCUGCAGCUCAUCGACCACGAAGUGCAUGAGAGCAAUGAGGUCUGGUGCCGCUGCAUCACCACCAUCUUCAACUACUUUGUGGUGACCAACUUCUUCUGGAUGUUUGUGGAGGGCUGCUACCUGCACACGGCCAUCGUCAUGACCUACUCCACCGAGCGCCUGCGCAAGUGGCUCUUCCUCUUCAUCGGAUGGUGUGUCCCCUGUCCCAUCAUUGUUGCCUGGGCCAUCGGCAAACUCUACUAUGAGAAUGAACAGUGCUGGUUUGGCAAGGAGCCCGGUGACCUGGUGGACUACAUAUACCAGGGACCCAUCAUCCUUGUGCUCCUAAUCAAUUUUGUUUUUCUGUUCAACAUCGUCAGGAUCCUAAUGACAAAAUUACGAGCAUCCACCACAUCUGAGACGAUCCAGUACAGGAAGGCGGUGAAGGCCACCCUGGUCCUCCUGCCCCUCCUGGGCAUCACCUACAUGCUCUUCUUUGUCAAUCCCGGGGAGGACGACCUGUCGCAGAUCGUGUUCAUCUAUUUCAACUCCUUCCUGCAGUCCUUCCAGGGUUUCUUUGUGUCUGUCUUCUACUGCUUCUUCAAUGGAGAGGUGCGCUCAGCGGUGAGGAAGAGAUGGCACCGCUGGCAGGACCAUCACUCCCUCCGAGUGCCCGUGGCCCGAGCCAUGUCCAUCCCCACAUCACCCACGCGGAUCAGCUUCCACAGCAUCAAGCAGACGGCUGCUGUGUGACCCUCAGUCACCUGCCUCCCCCUGUGUUCCUCCUCUGCCUUCUUCCUCUGGGAUCUCCAUGCUGUGCAGGCUCAGGAGGGGCAGGACAGAAGGGAGACACCGACUCUCCGGCCUGGCAGGAAGGGGCGGGGCGGCAGCAGAAGGGGACCCGCAGGGACCAG